GCGGGAGCGCACGGCGGGGCGCGGCCAACGCUGGGACGCGGAGCUCGGAGGGACGCGGCCGGCGCCCAUGGCGUUCGCGCUGCUGCGGCCAGUCGGCGCGCACGUGCUGUACCCGGACGUGCGGCUGCUAAGCGAGGACGAGGAGAACCGCAGCGAGAGCGACGCGUCGGACCAGUCGUUCGGCUGCUGCGAGGGCCUGGAGGCGGCGCGGCGCGGCCCGGGCCCCGGGGGCGGGCGGCGGGCGGGCGGCGGCGCGGGCCCCGUGGUGGUGGUGCGACAGCGGCAGGCGGCCAACGCGCGGGAGCGGGACCGCACUCAGAGCGUGAACACGGCCUUUACGGCGCUGCGCACGCUCAUCCCCACCGAGCCGGUGGACCGCAAGCUGUCCAAGAUCGAGACGCUGCGCCUGGCAUCCAGCUACAUCGCGCACCUGGCCAACGUGCUGCUGCUGGGCGACUCGGCCGACGACGGGCAGCCGUGCUUCCGCGCCGCCGGCAGUGCCAAGAGCGCCGUCCCCACCGCCGCCGACGGCGGCCGCCAGCCGCGCUCCAUCUGCACAUUCUGCCUCAGCAACCAGCGCAAGGGGGGUGGCCGUCGUGAACUGGGGGGCAGCUGCUUAAAGGUGAGGGGGGUGGCCCCCCUUCGAGGGCCGCGGAGAUGAGCCUGGACCCUGGAGAAGGAGGCCGGGAGCCAGCCACUGGCUGUACAGGGAAGAAGACCCCAGGAGCCGAGCCCACCCCUUCUUUGUGUGGGGACCAGGGGACCAUGGCCUGGGUCCAGGACACUCUGGGCAGGGCCCUCGGGACAUCUCCACCCGAUCCUGGAGAACUGUGAGGAUCCAUUCAGCCUGCGCAGCUCUGGCUGGUCAGAGACAAGGCAGAACUUUUGGAAAAACACAGACUGUUGGUGACAGAGGGUGUAUGUGUGUGUCUGUGCGUGAGUGUGAGUGUGUGUGAGAGAGAGAAUUGGUGAGUUUAAAAUAAAAGCUAUUUUUAAAUAAAAGACGUCGUUCUGAGCUGAGGAGGGGGCCUGUGGACAUCGGAGGUCAGAGGUGGGCCCUCCCCUGGACUUAGAGAGAGGCACAGAUGUUCCAGGGGCUGCCCUGAGCCCUGGAGGGGUGGGGCUGGGGAAGACAGGCAGAGCCCCCUCUCCGGGAGCCAUAACCAAACCUUCCUCAGUCUGCUAUUUAUCAGAUGUUCUUAACAACUGUUAGGUGUCUGGUAUGGUUGGUAAAGAAAUCUUAAUUUUA